GCUCUGCUGCCCUUCCCCGAACUCGGGCUCUUUCAUUAUCCCCUCUAUCCUUUCCCUCCUCCCCUUUGCCCGAAGAACAGCUCCCCGGAUAAGGCAUCCCAAAUCAUGGCUCUGACAGCGUCCUGACCAUCACUGUCUAGCUUGAAGGCCGAGAGGCACAAGGAUCCCGGAGGGGAGCAGAGAACAAGAGACCCACUGCCUGGAUCUUCACCCUGCUGGCUUUGAGUCUUGGGAAUUCAUCUGCCAUGGAAGCUCAGCGGAUUUGGCCAGGCUGACCGCCGUCUCCAGAGCGCUUCUCUUCUGUUGCUGAGGAAUCUUCGAUCUGAUCAAAGUGACCAGAAUUCAAGGGAGGUCUCGGCAGGGCCUUUGUGGGCUCUCCACCUUCACCCCUUUUUCGGUUGAUUGGUAAGCUAUGGUGACAGGACAAUGUUGGCCAGGAAGAGCAUUAUCCCUGAAGAAUAUGUCCUUGCGCGGAUUGCGGCCGAGAACCUGGGCAAGCCGCGCAUCCGGGACCGCCCACGCAAGGCCCGCUUCAUCGCCAAGAAUGGGGCCUGCAACCUGGCUCACAAGAACAUCCGCGAGCAAGGGCGCUUCUUGCAAGACAUCUUCACCACCCUGGUGGACUUGAAGUGGCGCCACACGCUGGUGAUCUUCACCAUGUCCUUCCUGUGCAGCUGGCUGUUCUUUGCCAUGAUGUGGUGGCUGGUGGCCUUUGCUCACGGAGACAUGGACAAACCGUGCACAACGAACGAAGACGUCAGUAAGUGGAAGCCGUGCGUCACUUGCAUCAGGUCCUUCGCCUCUGCUUUCCUCUUCUCUAUUGAGGUCCAGGUGACCAUUGGUUUCGGAGGCAGGAUGAUGACCGAACAAUGUUUCGUAGCUAUCAGUGUCUUGAUCCUCCAGAACAUUGUGGGCCUGAUUAUCAAUGCCGUCAUGCUUGGUUGCAUCUUCAUGAAAACAGCCCAGGCACAUCGGAGAGCAGAGACCUUGAUCUUCAGCCGGAACGCCGUCAUCGCCGUUCGUAACGGCAGGCUCUGCUUCAUGUUUCGCGUGGGAGACCUGAGGAAGAGCAUGAUCAUCAGUGCUUCGGUGCGAAUCCAGGUCGUAAGGAAGACCACUACCCCUGAAGGAGAGAUCAUACCAAUCCACCAACUAGAUGUUCCAGUUGACAAUCCCAUUGAAAGCAACAACGUUUUCCUCGUGGCGCCUUUGAUUAUUUCCCAUAUCAUCGACAAGCGGAGUCCCCUUUAUGAGAUCUCCGCCAAUGACUUGGCCACCCAAGACCUAGAGAUUAUCGUGAUACUGGAAGGCGUGGUGGAAACUACUGGAAUCACCACCCAAGCAAGAACAUCUUACAUAUCUGAAGAGAUCCUUUGGGGCCAUCGCUUUGUGCCCAUUGUAACGGAAGAGGAAGGGACCUACGCGGUGGACUACUCCAAGUUCGGCAAUACAAGCAAAGUGGCGGCCCCCCGCUGCAGUGCCAAAGAGCUGGAUGAGAAGCCUUCCAUCCUAAUCCAGACACUCCAGAAGAGCGAGCUGUCCCAUCAGAACUCUUUAAGGAAACGCAAUUCCAUGCGGAGGAAUAACUCCAUUCGGAGGAAUAAUUCCAUGAGAAGGAACAACUCUUCCUUCAUUGUGCCCAAAGUCCAGUUCAUAACACCUGAAGGGAACCAGAACACGUUGGAGACAUGACAAUGGGAAACCACCACACAUAGCUCUUUUGUAGAAAUAGAAGCGUUAUUUUUUAUUUGUGUUUGUAAAACAUUAAUACUUACUUGGUAUAAACAUUUAAUGGAACUGGGGACUAUUUAUUACAUGCAAGCACAAGAUCAAAGCCAAUAGAGAGAGCCCCUGGGGUGUCUAUAUAGCCUAUUUACCCCAUCGUGACUGUGCAGUGGUGCUGCGUUGUUUAUAUGACACAGCCACUAACUUGCAGCCACCCCUGAAAGUGCACUUUUUCACAGUGUAGUUUUACCACAUUUUUAUUGUUGUUGUUGUUGCUCUGAGAUCACCAUGUUGUUUCUCCGUCUGACGGUGUUGGGCCUUCAUUUGGGUUAAGCCCAGUGGGCAUUGCUGGGGGCAGAUCCAAGUCCAAUUGUGAUUCCCCCCCCAUCCAGGGUAAGCACAAGAAUGUGGGGCAGUUGAUGAACUGAAUGGCCACCAGUGCUGCGGUUUUCCACACUCUCUCCUGCCAUCUAUAUUUAUCCGUUCCGCUUCACAGCAGCGACCCUGCAGUGUUUUGAGAGAAUCAUCUACAAAACCACAUCAUAUAAACACCCCUCCUGUAACUUGAGCCUAGUUGUCUUUGAGGUAGUGUAAUAGUGCCCCUGAUAUCCUUCCCAUCUUAUGGUUCUUCAUCGUUAAACCUUUAAAUAGAGGAAAGCCCUGUGUAAAGUAGGUCAAAGCCAGAACCUUUGCUUUAAUAAGCUUAGUUUCUUUGUAGAGGGGUUGUGUAUGUGUAUAGGAGCAUUCAAUCAAUCUGAAGAUGUACAGUCUAGGCCAGCCUUCUCCAACCUUAUGCCUCCCAAAUGUUUUGAACUGCAACUCCCAUCAUCCCCUGCCAGCAUGGCCAUCUGCCAAUGCUGGGAGUUGCAGUUCAACAUAGCUGGAGAGAACCAGGUUGAGUAAGGCUGGCUACACGCUAGAGAUAUGUCAGAGAG